GACAGACACAGACAGAGAAGGACAGUGAAUAUUAAAGAGAUUGACAUGAUGGUUGAGUUUACAUUACGAUUGCUUAUAUUUACAGCUGCGAUUCUUAAUAUUAAUAUAUCAAUUUAGCUUUUCUCUUUUAAUCUUACAUUCCUGCUUAUCCUUAUGGUCCCCGCAGAAGCAAUGUUUACGUCGGCUGCUGCCAAAUAAUGAACUUGUAAAAGGUCAGAGAGAAACCCAAGAAACGAAACUAAUAGAAAUAAUAUACAGAAAAAGAAAGAAGAAAGAAAAUAGAUCCAGGGGAUAUAGACUACAUAGUAGUCUAAAACCCUAUAAAAGAAGAAAGAAGAAGAAGAAGAGAAACCCAAGAACGUAAAGGAAUAAAUAGACACAUACAAUGGGAGGCAAUGCAAGUUCACACAAGACGCCAACUUCAGAACCUACGACUUCAACAGCUGGAGAAGGCAUCAAGUCAAUCAGGACUACAAAUGUUUUCAAAGCAGUCAAUUUUGAACUUUAUGUAAAACCAAACAUAGCAGUGAUGACCUUUGGAGUUGUAGCUAUUCUGUGCAGCGCAGGUUAUCUUGCGUAUAUGAAGGCAUCAAUGAGGGAAAGUAAAACUUAUGUGGCCAUUGCCGAGGAUGGAUCCCAACAAUUGACAAUAAAGAAAUCAAGAUGGGAGUGAUUACAUUGGUUAUUAAGAAGCUAUGUUUUAAUAUUGUUGUACAGAAAAUAAAACUAUUUAAUGUA